AUGUCUGGUCUCGAAGUAGCUGGGUUUGUCCUGGGAGUUCUGCCCAUAGCGAUCAAGGCGCUGCAGGGCUACAAGUCUUUCCUCUCCUCCUUCAAAACUGCUCAACGGGACGUCAAUCGCCUGGAGCGGGACCUUGAGACAGAAUGGAUCCGUCUGCAAAACACUUGCGAGCACCUUCUCGUCGGCGUAGCGUCCACGUCGAUGAUAGACACCAUGAUCCAGAACCCCUUCGGACCCGAGUGGAAGCGAUAUGGGGAUAAACUGCGCCUUAGGUUAUGGAGAUCUUCGGAGAAGUUUGAAACAUACGUGGCGGAGAUGUCCGCUGCCACACAAGAGUUGAAGGAGAAACUAUGCAUCCAACAAGACGGCCAGAUCAAGUUAAACGAUCGGUCGUCGAUGCUCCGAGAGCUCAAACAACAUACUGUCUUCACUCUGAGGAAGAAGGACUAUGAAGGCAUUUUAUCUCGGAUAAAGAACGGUAAUUCGGUUCUCCAGGAUCUUUGCCGACAAGACUGCGGCCUGGAGUCGGAUAGGCGUCAGCGGUCCCAGGCGCGAGUCACCAAACUCCUUCGCGGACUGUCAAAAAGCAUCUACAAUGCUGUCUCCAGUGCAAUGACUUGCGCAUGUGCGUACACGCAUAUUAUCGGACUGGAACUUGUGCCAAGAGAUGCAGUCUUGGUACCGGGCGACACCGAAGAGCAGGUUGCGAAGGCACUCAACUUUCAUAUUGUCUUGAACUCAGCUGCCGAUGAUACAGCAAGUUGGCUUCCAACAACCCGGCACUGGAAUAGUCUUGGACUCCGACUCGCUGACCCUGGCAACAAAAUCGGCACACCCACGCAUCCCAUUUCAUAUCAUUCGGUGGCCGCAAAACCUAAAAAGGGGAUCAAAUGGACCUCGUCUUUUGAGAAAUCAGCAACCAAGGGUUCGUCGUCUGCUACAGAGACUCUGGUGAAAUCGUUCCAGACUCUGACGUAUCUGCCUACGAUGACCAGCCCACAACUGUCGAAGAUCUCAGACAUCUGUCAAAUAGUCCUAGGGUCACAGAAGAAGGAGGCUGUGGGACCAUAUGGGUAUGUUCUUGACGCACAGCGCAAAUUUGAGUUGUGCCCUCCCGGCGACAUGUCCGAUUUUCGAGACGCAACCACGCUCAGGCAGGUCCUAGUUGGUAGCCAGCCUGGACUGCCGCCAUUUGACUAUCCCGAGAGAAUACAGCUGGCAUUUGCUCUCUCCGAUAGCAUACUCAACCUCUACGAUACACCCUGGCUUGCGAAAAGUGUCCGCCUGGACGACAUCGUCUUCCUUUUUGGGGACGAUACCGCGGCAGUGAGCAAGUACUCACCUUAUCGCCCGUUUGUCACCAAAGGCGUGCUUCCUAGAGCCUCACAACAACCAACUCAGCAAGCCAAGUCACCAAGCUCACUGCGGCCCAUGAACCUGACCGUCUUGUCGCUGGGGGCGUUACUCAUACAGAUCAUCAUUGGCGAGGCAAUUGACGAGCUCAACGUGGCAGACGACAUGGAUAUGAACUCUAUUGUGUCCAAGCGAGAGGCUGGAAGCCGCCUUGAGGACCGCAUAAUGGAGAGUGAUGGUAGUAACUAUGCGACGGCGGUAAAAUGGUGCCUCGAAAGCGUAUACGGAGUCGCCAACCUCCAGAACGAUAGUUUCUGUCAGAAUUUCUACGAAGCGGUCGUUUCCCGGUUGGAGGAGGAUGUCAACUUGCUCGGAACCGACUAG